AUGAGUACGCAAGGCUCAAGGCGGCCGUCGGUACCCGUGAGGUCGUUCGGGAGCGCUGAGCCUACCUUGGAACCCGGAGAUGACGACCAACCAUCGACUGCGCGUCGAAUAUUCGGCCACAUUUCGUUUAACAAGCUAAGGCCCAGUUUCACGACUGCAAGGAAUGAAGAUGGAGCAUUACCGUCGACACCGGGCUCAGAGAGACCGCCCAUUCCAACUAUGCAAGCUUCCGGUGAGGUGUAUUCGACCCCUUUGCCGAAGCUGUCGAUGAUUGUAUUAUCCAUUACUAUGCUGGGAGAAUUCUUAUCGGCCAAUGUCUCGACACCUUUCCUAUUAUUUAUGGUGAAAGGAUUUGGCGAGUUUGCGGAUGAAGCGGAGGUGGCAUUUUGGACAGGCAUCCUGGUCGCGACAUUCUUCCUGACACAGUUUCUCACUUCCCUGCUAUGGGCAACGAUCGCUGAGAAACAUGGCCAGAGAACAGUGCUGACAAUCUCGUUAUUGGGCUCCGCCGUCACAUGUCUGAGCUUUGGCACUGCGACAACCCUUCAACAGGCGGUAUGCAUCCGGUUACUUCAAGGCAUUUUCGCUGGAGCUGUUGGGGUUGCGCGUGGCUCCGUCACCUUUGUUACAGAUCCGAGCAAUGAAGGCAGGGCAUACGCUAUUCUUGGGUUUUGCUGGGGUUUUGGUGGUGUAGCAGGCGCAAUUAUUGGAGGCUCCUUCGAGAGGCCUGCUGUUAAGUGGCCGGACGUCUUCGGUGACGUACAGCUGUUCGUGACCUACCCUUAUCUUCUCCCUUGUGGGCUUGCCGCCCUCAUCACACUCAUCGGUUCCAUUCUCUCGCUGUUCCUUGGACGUGAUGGUGGGCCGCGAGAGGGCGCCAUCCGCCUUCUGCCCGAGAAAUUCACAACCCAUGCCCCUAUUCCAGAAGAAGAGAUGUCGCCGCAAACACCAGUCUUCGAAGAGGAUGAACCGCGUGGUAUUGCUGGAUUGCAAAGGAAAUUUUCGCGACGAUUCUCGAACCUAUUCGCGAAGCGGGUUCUCGAAAGUCAUGCACCAGGAUCUCCAAUUUCUCAGCCUGCUGUACCUCUAUCGACGCCCAAUACCCGUCUGGAUCGUACAAGAACGUUCUCAAGGACAAGUCGAACGAACGGAUCAGCUUACGGAUAUAGUGGAAGCUAUCGGAACAGAUUGGCGAGCAAUGCAACCCUUAAUGCCCGCCGAGGCAGUCUCAACAGCUCUCUGAGACGCAGGAGAGGAAGUCACUACGAUAGCGUCAGGGACCCAGCAGCAGAGGGGCAUCCUCCAGACCUGAACUUCGCCCAGCGCCUUUUACUCGCGAACGAGAAUGCGGUCACGAACAUUGCUGAUCUGUGGGUUGCGGCAGCCAUGAACGUUGACAAUGAAGAUCCUUUCGAAUCCGACUCGGACACCGAGGACGAUGCUGAUUCAGCCGUCCUUGACCAGCCUUUGGUCGCGACAAAGCUCUCUGGGACACUGCCAGACUCAGAGAGGGGCAACCUAGCAGCCUCGACGACAUCGCCAAUAGCUCGUUUGCCGAGAACCCAGCGACCAAGUAUGACGAGCUCGAGACGUGCCGAUGCACGUUCUUCGCCUCUGAGGCCUCAUUCCCCAGGACCGCAUCGUCCUUCUGUCUCAUUUUCCCCAAUGAUCACUCCAGGAUCACCACGCCGUCCAUCAACUGGCGUACCAUCUAUCUUCUCCCAUUCUGGAGUCAAGACACCAGCAGCGGUACUCGAUGCCCAACAGCUCCUUCUAAGCCUAGAUGUCGAUGCCUCUCCUUUGAUUGCUGACCCUCUGGCCACGAUCUCGGAAUCAAGGCCAGGAUCGCAGGGUGAUGUCGAGUCUCUCGCUGAGCCGCCUCCCUCCAUUAUGUCGCAACUCCCAGUGGUCGUCAUUGUACAAUAUGGUGUCAUGGCGCUACAUACGACGACGCAUGACCAGAUUUUCAUGUCCUAUCUCGUUUCAGAUUAUGAAUCUGGAGGACUGAAUCUUAAUGCUGGACAUUUCGCACAGCUAAUCGCUCUUAUGAGUCUUGCGCAAAUCGCUUAUCAGUUUUAUCUCUAUCCAAAUAUCGGGCCCCCUCGUGGUCGCUUUUCGCAUCUAGCCAUGUUCCGUAUUGGAACCAUCAUGUUUAUUCCAGCCUAUCUUACUGUUGUUCUAUAUCGACCUUUCGCCCAUGUUAAUCCUGAAGGCAGCACUCUUUUCCUCAUGACAGUACUCUCCAUCAGCACUGCUGUUCGCUUUUGUGGAACUACGUUUGGGUACACUGCAAUCGCCAUUCUUCUCAACUACAUGACGCCACCACCUGCUGUUGGAUACGCCAACGGUAUCGCGCAAAGUAUCGUCAGUCUUGCACGAUGUAUUGGGCCAGUGAUUGGUGGUUAUCUCUGGAAGGCGAGUGUUCAGGACGGGCCAUCUGGAUUUUAUUUUGGAUUUGUCGUAUGCGCAGGCGUGUGUGCCCUUACAGUGUUCCAGAGCUUCUUGAUUCGCUAG